GGCAAAUACAAACAAAACACUUCAACUGUUAGCAAUCAAGUAUCAUAUUUAACGGCCACACUCUCGAACAUCAGAUCACGAACGUGUUCAUUUCUCUACAUUCCUAAGGUCCAUCUCGUGAUGGGCACUACUACUUCGCCGGAGGAAGUAGUCCCAGCGGCAGGCCAAUGGCCAGUGGAUCCCCAGGAAGAUGCACCGAUAUCAGAGCACCGCCUCUGGGUAGAUGGAUGUUUUGAUUUCAGCCAUCACGGACACGCCGGGGCUAUGCUUCAAGCCCGCAAAUUGGGCAAUGAACUCUAUGUUGGUGUUCAUUCCGAUGAAGCUAUUCUGGAGAACAAGGGUCCCACGGUGAUGACAUUGCAUGAACGUGUAGCUGCGGUGGAAGCAUGUCGCUGGGUAACUUGCUGUGUACCGCAUGCUCCUUACGUCACAUACCUCCCAUGGGUUUCCCAUUAUGGGUGCCAGUAUGUGGUUCACGGGGACGACAUCACGUCUGACAGCAACGGGGAUGAUUGCUAUCGAUUCGUAAAGGCUGCAGGGCGUUUUCGAGUCGUUAAAAGGACUCCCGGCAUUUCGACCACGGACCUUGUUGGCCGUAUGCUUCUGUGUACAAAAGGACAUUUCGUGAAGAGCGUACAGAGGACUCUUACGGGUGAGGAGGGAUCGGGAAGUGAGGAAGAGCGCAGGCUGUCAUCUGCUACACUCAAACAGCAGAUCUGCGAUUAUGCCACGGACGAGAGUGGUUUACAGCCUGGCCCCCAUGUUUGGCUAUGGGCUGGCCCGAGCUCGGCAAAAUUCGACAACACCGUCGAGGAAUCAGGGUGCUUUGAAACUCUAGUUGGGGGGAAACCACCUAAGCCAGGACAGCGAGUCGUCUAUGUGGAUGGAGGGUUUGACCUCUUCUCAUCUGGCCACAUUGAAUUUCUCAGACAGGUGUUGGCGUAUGAGGAAGCUGUAGGCCGUGAACGUGGCUGGUUUGAUCCUGAGCAGAGAAAGAAGAGGCUCGACGAAUGUGGAGAAGACUACGGGCCAGCCUAUGUUGUUGCCGGUAUUCAUGAUGACGAUGUGAUUAAUCAUUGGAAAGGGCUUAAUUACCCUAUCAUGAACAUAUUCGAGCGUGGACUUUGUGUUCUCCAGUGUCGCUACGUCCACGGUGUCAUAUUUUCUGCCCCAUUUUCUCCAAGCGAGCCUUACUUAAAGGCCAUGCCGCUAGGCGUUCCAGAUAUUGUUUACCACGGGCCAACGACUUUUAUACCCCUCACUUAUGACCCUUAUUCUGCCCCUAAAAAAAUGGGGAUAUUCAAGGAAACCAACAGCCACCUCUUCCAGCAUGUUAAUGCCGGUGAGAUAGUUGAGAGGAUAUUGAAGAGUCGUGAAGCCUAUGAAGAACGGCAGCGUGCCAAAUUGCAGAAGGGAAUCAUUGAAGAGUUGGAGAAAUCGAAGGAAGCCACAACUUAGUCUGAUAACACACAAAAGUCAUGAAUUGACUUGUAGAUACUGUUGUGACCUGCUCGUUCAUCGGUAAGACAUUG